GUCCUUGUUUUGAGGUAAGGCCCGUCGCUCGGAGUUCGCGUCACCGUGGGUGUCAAGGCAGCAGGGUCUGUAGUUCAGAAAAGUCUGACAAAUUCGAGAUAUCUAAGCAAUUUUGAGGAAGCGAGUUUAGUGUUUCUCCAUGAGCUGGGUGUACCGGAAUUAGCUUUGUUUGAAAAGUUUCCCAGCUAUUUGGGCUUACGUUUUUCGAGUGGGGACGGGUAGCGAAGAGGAAACAUGGCGAUGAAAACGCAGAUAUGGUGUUUUCUCUUGCUGUGCUCGGCAUCUGUUGCGGUAGGAGCCCGUAUGAUAGCCCAGGAAGGGGGCAGUGCGUGUAAGAACUUGAACGUGAAGACGGUGACUUACUUAUCUCCACCGCUGACUGCAAAGCCUGGAGAAGCGAACAACAAGUACUUCACGGCUGAGUACCCCAAGGGUCACAUUGGAAUCAGGAGCGUGAAUGCUGAUCUUGUUGAUCAGAAUGGGAUUGCCAUCCCUCUUUUUGAGAAUUACCUCCACCAUUGGAUUUUGCUAGAGGUUGCGGUGGCGAAGGACCAUCCUGAGAGGCACUUGCACCACAUGAUGCAUCGCAUGCGCCGACACCACAAGCAUGGUAUGCACAUGGAUGCCACCAUGAUUGCUGCCCUUGAAGCUCCCCACCACAACAAGGUUGGUAGAUUUCCGAAUGGAAAGGUCCGGAACUUUCUAGGGAAGGGAGGCGAGACGCGCCACACUGACAGCAGACUGCCUUUGCCAUACGUUAAGGAGAGUGGGGUUGAGCUGGAAGGAUACGAAAACCGAUGGAUUUUGAACGUUCACGGCCUUGAUACUCGGGGUGCGGUCGACCAUAUCGGAUGCUCCGAAUGCAGGUGCCACUUGUACAACACCACUACCGAUGAGGAUGGUGAACCAUUGCCAGAUGGUUACAUUGGAGGUCUGCGAUGCUGCACAGAUGGCAGACAAUGUGCCGUGAAGGAAGGAUUUAACGGUGAAGAGAUUACUUUCCACUUGCGGUACACAUGGGAGUACAUUGACUGGAACGAAUGCUUGGUCCCUGUUACCAACCUUGGCAUCGAUGUCACCAACCCUACUGGCUUUGGCGAAAACCUUAUUGAGUUCACGGUUGACGGAUGUGGCGACGCUGAUCCUAACUCAGAGGAGUGCCUUGACACCCGGGUGGCUUAUCUCAAUGCUCCUGAAGGAGGUGAGGUUGUCUAUUCUGUCUCUCACCUUCACUCAUCCAUCUUGGAUGCGUCUAUCUGGGGAGAAGAUGGGCGCCUGAUUUGCAGGACUACCCCCUUGUAUGGAAACGGACACGAAGCUGGAAAUGAGAAGGAUUACGUUGUCGGCAUCAAGAACUGCAUUGGCAAUCCUGGUGCUCCGGACUCCAUGAAGAUCAAGCAAGGCGAAAGGCUGAAGUACAUCGUCGUGUCGACCAAGGUUGGAGGUCCUCACACCGGAUUGAUGGGCUUGGCCGGAAUUCAGUUUGUCAGCGAUGGUGUGAAGUCUGCUAUCUAAGCAACAAACGCUUGCUGUAAACACUAUCGAUGCAUCGUUGUCGUCAUUUCUGAAGGCGUAAGUUAGAAACGGGUUUUUGUCUUCAGUGAUUCACUUUACAGCGAUGGUUUGACUCACACGAAUGAGACGUGAAGGUUUUGAGUCACUAGAGGUAGUGUUUCUGGCCAGACGAAACUAUUGCUUUGUGUGCGGUAAUGUUACUUGGGUAUAUGUGAUUUUGAGACUUAUACAGUAGACCUAAAUAGUUUGUGUAUCAAGCAGAUUUGUACAUCUUGAACUACUUCGUUGUGGGUGGUUACAUAAGCAGUUGAUUUUGAAUGGUUGGCUCUUACUUAAGUACAUUACGAAGCUUCGUAAUGUGUUAGUUCCAUCUAUGUUGAACUGAUUAUCUGUAAAUGGCUCUGUCAUGAAGUUAUAUGCCAAGAUGAUGUUUUUGGCCACGGUGUGUUAUCCAUGAUAUUGUUCUAGAAUCUGAAGAUAUAUAUAAGAAUAAACUUGUCGGUGUUGGAUAUAAAUUCAA